AUGGUGGUAUCCGAGGUCCCUCUGAGCACCAUAGAGAGGGACCUCUUGAGUAGGGGCCUGUCCUUUGUGAUUGGGCCCUCUACAGAACCCAAACGAGUACAGGCAGUAGAGGAAACCCUCUCACACCUAGAGACACAGAUUAACAAGGCAUGGAGCAAACUCAGGUCAGGGCCACAACCCCACCAAGAAAGGAAACAACAACCCGAGAGAUCGCUUUCAAUGAAAUACCUGAAUCCUGCCUCAGUUCAAGGAAACACCACUUUCAAUUUAAAUGGACUUCACCCACAAAUCCAGGCAACCCUGGAAAGCCUUAAAACACAGGUAAAACAGAGAACCCGUGGUAACCUUACAAAAACACACAGGGAGGCGCUACGCGCCCUUAAGGCUCGCCCAGACAUUAUAAUUAAACCCGCGGAUAAAGGCGGUACUGUAGUAGUCUGGAGAAAAACGAACUACACAAAGGAAAUGGUAAGGCACCUCUCAGACGAGACGACUUACCAAAAAAUACAGCAAGGCCAAACAGCCCUGGAGAACGCCAGGACAAGGAGUAGAAACCUGGUCCUGAAAUUCUUUAACAAUAAACAAGCAAACUCAACAGGAGGUAUACUUAGCUCAGCAGCAAGAGACUAUUACCUUGCCUUUAAAGCAGAGCUUCCGAACCUAUACCUCCUUCCUAAGAUUCAUAAAGAUUUACACCCUCUUACAGGUACAUGGCAGGGCAGACCAGUCCUUAGCGGUUGCAAAGCACCAACUCGCCCAAUUGAUUUGAUCUGCACAGCAUUACUAAACCCCCUUCUCUCUCUUUUAGAUGAACGUCUGAAAGACACAACUGAUCUUUUGCUGAAACUGAGGGAUUUGAAUGCAAGCAGAGGACCCGUCCCAGAGAACACGACCCUGUUCUCCCUUGACAUAGUCUCCCUCUACCCAAGCAUCCCCCAACGGGAGGCAGCGAGAUUGGUCUCGACGUACUUCGACGACCAUAAACACCUCAUACGCCAGCCCCUCAGAGAUGCAGGAGUUUGGAGGCCCCCAUCAAGGGCUCUCCUGGAGGAAGCGAUUCUGCAUGUCAUGAGGGAUACAAUUCUAUCCUUCAAUUCAGCAGCGUACAGACAAGUAAAGGGAACGGCAAUUGGAGCAUCAAGUAGUGUGGCUAUAGCGGAAAUCUUUGUUCACGUGGCCUUUGAGCACCAGAGAGCACUCCGCCCAGAUAAACCAGACGUGUACUUCCGUUAUAUUGACGAUAUUUUCGGUAUAAUGACUGGACAAGACACACUCCUCCAGUCUUUCUACGCCUGGACAAAUACAGCCUACGAAAAUCUGAAGUUCACCUUGGAGCAGAGUAAAACAGAGAUAAACUUCCUGGAUACGACAGUGUUCAUUGGCAGUGAGGACAGGCUCCUUCACACGAAGGCCUACUACAAGCCCACGAACCUGCACACGUAUCUACGAUACGACUCCAGUCACCCCUCCUCCUUGAAGAACUCCUUACCCUACUCCUUAGGUCUACGUUUGAAGAGGAUAAACAGCCUUGAAGACACACUUGCUACUCAACUUCUAGACCUCUGGGACAUGUUCUCAGCCAGAGGAUACCCAGAACGAGUAAUAGCAACGGCUAAAAACAAACUAGACCUGAAGACGAGGUCAGAGCUCCUCAUACAGGCCUCCACUCCAGACCCUCAGUCGAGAUGGAUCCUCCCAUCGCUGUAUUUUAACGGCCUAGCAAGCCCUCUCCAUAAUGCCCUGACUGACAUCUGGAACUGGCUGAGAAACACCUAUGGGGACCACCCUUCUUGGCCUAGGUUUGCCCAAACACCUCCAAUGCUGGCCUGGAGACGAGGAAAGUCACUUAAGGAUCAUCUAGUACAUUCCUGCCUCCACAGGACACACUGCCUUUAA